CCUGGGGGGCGCGGUUGCUAAAUAGCGAGGACAAAAGUGUCCCCUGGGGGCUGGCGGGGGCUGCCAGAUAGUGAUCCCGUCCGAACGCCUGGGUUCCCUGGCUGGGGGCCGUCAUGAGUCUGCAGUGGACCGCGGUGGCCACCUUCCUCUACGCUGAGGUCUUCCUCGUUCUGCUGCUCUGCGUCCCCUUCAUUUCAGCCACCAGAUGGCAGAAGAUCUUCAAGUCACGCCUGGUGGGCCUGGCCGUGGCCUACGGCAACACCGUUUUCAUCGUUCUCAUCGUCAUCCUGGUGCUGCUGCUGCUGGAUGCCCUGCGGGAGACCCGCAAGUACGACGUGGCCGAGCGGGUGUCACUGCAGAGCAGCCCCGGCGCCCUCGAGCACUUCCACAUGAAGCUCUUCCGGGCCCAGCGCAACCUCUAUCUGGCUGGCUUCGCCCUGCUACUCUCCUUCCUGCUGCGCCGCCUGGUGACGCUCAUCUCCCAGCAGGCCGUGCUGGGCGCCUCCACCGAGGCUUUCCGCAAGCAGGCAGAAGGCGCCAGCCAGGCCGCACGCCGCUACAUGGAGGACAACGAUGCCCUGCGCAAGCAGCUGCAGGAAGCAGGGGGUGACAGCCGGGCCCCAGCAGCCCCCCACGACGAGAACGAGAGCCUCAAGGCUAAGGUGGAGAAGCUGAAGGAGGAGCUGGCAGCCAGCAAGCGCACACUGGAGAAGGCGGAGAAUGAGGUUCAGGCCAUGCGGCGCCAGGCUGAGGGGCUCACGCGAGAGUACGACCGCCUGCUGGACCAGCACGCCCGCCUGCAGGCAGCCCACGAUUGCCCCAGGGACAAGAAGGAGGAGUGAGGGUGGCACCACACCCCCGCUGUGAAGCGGGCGGGGCUUCGGCAAGCCACGCCCCCCGCCGGGAGGUGGGGCCUGCAGCAGCCACGCAACCCCACCGGCAAAGGGGCAGGGCCUGCGGCAAGCCACGCCUCCUGCUGCCCAAGAGGUGGGUGCAGCCACUUAUGGCCCCCCCCCAGGGGCAAGCCACGCCCACCGGGACCAGGCCCCGCCCCCACCGCAGAGACCUCCCAUCGCAGGGGGGUGCGUGCACACGCCGUUUUGGGGGUGUUCCAGGUUUCCGCACUGUGAGGGAGGAGCGCUCCCCCCCGCCCCCUGCUUCUGCUUCAAUAAACACGUGGACUUGAA